AAGCAAAACCUGCACCAUUACAAGACCACACCCCCUUAUGUUUCAGCACCCCAAGACUCGACCUCAAACACCAUCUUUCUCUUAAGCCUGAUUUUUCCAUGGACACAGAAACUUCAUCGUUUGAGACUAGUGAGAUGCUGGCCAAUUUCUUAGCUUCCACACCAUUGCUAUCCGAGUCAUGGAGGCUCUGUAAUCUUGCCAAUGCAAAUUCACCUCAGGGUUUUGUAGCAGAACAGAUUGGAAGUAUUGGGUAUUUGGCCUUUUCUGGUAUCGAAUCGGUUUCAGGGUCAGACCCCAGUUUCAAGAAUCUGCUUCCUUUGCCUGAUGUUGCCAAUAGCAUGUUUACUCCAUUGCAUCGCCAAACUGAAGGGGAAGAGCCAGUCUUGGUGCAAGGUGCCUUGCUGAGGAUCUUUGAGAAUAUUUAUAAGGACCCAAGCUUUCAAAACCAGAUGCAAACACUGAUGCAGACAAGCAAGUCAAUCAUCUUCACAGGCCAUUCCGUAGGUGGAGCAACUGCUUCUCUUGCUGCUCUUUGGCUCCUCUCUUACCUUCAAUCAAAUUUCUUAAACCUCUCGGUAUUAUGCAUCACCUUUGGCUCUCCAUUGCUAGGCAACGAGACCCUUUCUCGUGCCAUUCUUCGCGAAAAAUGGGGUGGCAAGUUUUGCCAUGUUGUAUCGAAGUAUGACAUCAUGCCAAGGAUGCUCUUUGUUCCAAUGGAUCCCAUUGCUCCACUCAUAAAACCCCUGCUACAUUUUUGGCACAUGUAUAUGAAUUCUCCGCAUUUUGGAUUGCUUGCUGUACCGUUAAGUGAUGACAGCAUGGCUCAAAUUUUCAAAUAUGUAUUAUUUCACUUGGAAAAAUUAGUAGAAGCUGGAGAAGAGGCAGUGACUGGAAUGUUGAGGCCAUUUGGGAACUAUUUUUUCUGUUCGGAAGAUGGAGCAAUCUGCGUGGACAAUGCAGCAUCUGUUGUUAAAAUGAUGUAUUUGUUGUUCGCGAUGGGGACGUCUAGCUCUAGCAUUGGGGAUCAUCUCAAGUAUGGUGAUUACGUAGGGAAAAUCUCCUUGCAAUUUCUGGAGAAGAGGAGUUUCAUGCAAGGAGAGCUUCCUGAAUCAAGCUAUGAAGCAGGAAUUGUAUUGGCUUUGCAGUCCACAGGAAUGUCUUGCAAGGAACCAACUGCAGGGCCAGCCAAAGUUUGCCUACAGGCUGCUAGGCGAUUGGGGCGCACACCAAACCUCAACUGUGCCAAUCUGGCAAUUAAACUGUCCAAAAUCAAUCCUUAUAGGGCUCAAAUAGAGUGGUAUAAAGCAUUGUGCGACCGGUCUGAUGAUCAGAUGGGUUACUACGACUCCUUUAAACAAAGGGGAGCCUCGAAAAGGGACUUCAGAGUCAACUUGAACCGGCACAAGCUGGCUCAGUUUUGGGAUAACGUAAUAAACUUGUUUGAAAGCAAUCAACUCCCCCAUGAUUUUUACAGACAAGGAAAAUGGGUCAAUGCUUCCCAGUUCUAUAAGCUCCUUGUGGAGCCAUUGGAUAUUGCUGAGUAUUAUCGAACAGGCAUGCAUCGUAGCAAGGGGCAUUACAUUGACCAUGGAAGGGAGAGGAGAUAUCGUAUUUUUGAUAGGUGGUGGAAAGAGAGAAGUGUUAGAGGGGAAGAUUAUAAAAGGAGCAAGUUUGCAAGUUUGACCCAAGACACAUGCUUCUGGGCAAGAGUGGAGGAAGCCAGGGAUUUGUUAGAUGCUCUUAGAAGCACUAGUGAUCCGAGUCAUUUGGCUUUGCUUUGGCAGAAGAUAGAUAGUUUUGCGAGCUAUGCAAACGCGUUGGUUGAAACUAAGGAGGUGUCUAUAGAUGUAGUGGCAAAGAAUUCAAGCUAUUCAUUGUGGCUAAAAGAUUAUAAUGAAUUGAAAUCACAAAUGGUGCAAUUCCGUCCCUUGUUUUUGAGUUUUGUGAAUGAGGAAGUGGUUCCAUAGUUUCCAUUGAAAGGCUAUGAAGCCAUCUGCCAAGCAGGUUUUGUAAUGAAUAUGUAAGAUAUAUUUUGUAGUUUUUGUUACAUGAAUCAAUUUACAUAAUAUUAG